AACCGACGAAGCGAUAAGAUUUGUUUUGUUAUCGAAGUGCCUAUAAAUACUGAAUUUUGUCCUGUGCCAUUAUUAUAGGUUCAGCAUGUCUCUGCAAAUCAUUUUUGUUUUAGUGUUUAUCUUUUCAAGCUGCGACGGAAAACCGGAGUUGCCACCGGCAAUAAUAAGAUGUACACCAACUAGUGAUGCAUGUUUCAAGAGUCAAUUGCAAACAUUCUUAAAUGUUCUUCAAACUAACCCGAAAAGUCUUAAAGUCAAGGACAUACAGCCAAUGAAAGUUAAAUCAUGGACAGUAGCUCCCGGACCUAAGCAUAUCAAGUAUAAUCAAACUUACAAAAAUUUCAGGUUGUACAAUCACGCUUUUAAUAAGGUCGAGAGUUUAAAAAAAAAGAUUGCUGGAAAUGUUAUGACUUUUAAUGUAACAGUGUCUAAUCCUGAAGUAAUAGGUGUAGCUGAAUUUAAUAAUGCUACAUUCCUUAAUGUCACACUAAGCAGUAAAGGACAGGUAACCUAUGUACAUGAGGGGUAUAAAGCCAGCUUCAACGUGACCGGAGAAAUUGUAAAUCGGGAAAAAGACAAGUAUAUAAAACUUGUAGAUUUGAGUCUUCAGUUCUCCGCUUCGAAGAUAGUAUUUAACAUUAAGACCAACAAUGCUACUCACGAUGUGGUUACGAAUAACCUUUUAAAUAAGAACUGGAAACUCGCUUUCGAUGACGUGAAAGCAGGCUAUGAAAAAAUUUACGCUCAAGCUUACAGAGACAUAGUGGAAGGAAUACUUGCGGCAUUUCCCUAUGACUCCAUUUUCCUAGAUUAAAACUGUAGUCGCGUGUAGUCACAAAUUAUGUAUCUCUAAAAUUUCUAUUAUGUAUAUUCUAUGAUAAAUUAGACAAUAUAUUCAAACUUUAUAUUAA